AUGAGUGGAUCAAGCAAGGCAAAUAAAAUCCGCCAGAUAGUGAAGUUGCAGCAGCUUGUGAAGAAAUGGCAUAAGUUGGCCAAUACCCACAAGGAAGCAUUUGCAUCCAUUAAUGGAGGCUCUCAAGGGAGCAGUAGAAAAGGUUCUCCUACUUAUGUUCCGGAGGGUUACUUGGCUGUUUAUGUAGGAAAAGAGCUGAAGAGGUUCAUCAUUCCCAUGACAUACUUGAAUUAUCCAGUGUUCAGAGAAUUGCUUGAGAAGGCAGAGGAGGAGUUUGGUUUCAACCACAAGGGAGCUCUUAAUCUUCCAUGUGAUACUGUUGUUUUUGAGCAUCUAAUGUGGAUGUUGGAGAAGGAUGAUGGAGCCACACAGAACAUGAGUUUGGAGCAGUUGAUCAAUUUCUACCACCAUGAAACAGACUGUGGAUCUGAGGCUAAAGUCUCUAACAGUAGUGCACUGGAUAACUUUGAGCUUCAAACUUCUGCUCAGAGAUCAUUUUGUUGA